GUCCAAGUUGCAGUUACAAAUGGAUAUUCCUUUUCCCGCUAAUCUCCAAAUGGGAAUCCUUGAUCAACUCACCGACUUCUACUUCAUUUCAUCAAAUUUCCGCCAAACCCAAAAAUUAAAAAUCCGUUUCUUUUGUCCAUUUGAUAUUCGUUCUAAAAUCAAUGGAUACUAAGAAUUUGCAGAAAGGUAGUGAGUGACAGUUCCAUUUGAUCUCCAUUUGUUGGACAAGCUUUGCUUUACCUUCUCUUCUCUUUAUUCUCAUCUUCCCCUUUACUCUUCUCUUCAAUCUAUUCCAAUUCUGUUCGCAAAUUUUGGCUGUUUCUGAAAGAAUCCACAUAGGGUUUUGUUUUUUAGUGCGUUUUACCGGCUUCGAUUUGGUUUUCCGUGGGCGAUUGUUACAGAUGCUCUGCAAAUGGGGAAAGGGGAAGAUCAAAAUCUGCCGCAGCAGCACCGCCGUGAGGAUUCUUCUGGGUUUCUUUGUCGUGAAUGUUCGAUUGCGUUUCGUAGGGUUUCUACGGAGUUGAAUUUCAAGUGUUUGUUCGUUUUGAUUUUGGGAUUUGCGGUGUUUCUCCCUGGAUUCUUUUGGCUUCUUCCUCUUCAUGAAAGAAAUUUAGGGUUUGAGGCGAAAGACGCCAUUAAACUCAGUGCUACAGUUCAGGUGUAUUUUGUUCUCGAAAAGCCAGUCGAGGAGCUUCUCCCUCACAUCAAGAGAUUAGAGUUUGAUAUCAAUGGUGAAUUAGACAUACCAAACGUGAAGGUUUCCGUUCUGUCGAUGCACGAUUUAGGUGAGUCGAACAGGACUUACGUGGUUUUUGGUCUUCUUUCUGAAUACAUUACUACUCCAAUAAAUCCAGUGUCCUUAAGUCUGCUGAGAUCGUCUUUAUAUGACCUUUUCCUUCACAAAUCCAACCUUACUUUGACGACUUCGAUUUUUGGACAGCCAUCGACAUUUCAAAUCCUCAAGUUUCCAGGGGGAAUCUCUAUAAUCCCGUUUCAACAUGCUUCGAUUUGGCAGUUUCCCCAGAUCGUAUUUAACUUCACUCUGACUAACUCCAUUUCUGAAAUACUCAACAAAUUUGCAAAGUUCAUGAGCCAGUUUAAGUUGGAAUUGUGUCUGAGGCCUUAUGAGAAUGUGUAUUUGCAAAUAACAAACAAGAUUGGCUCGACGAUGCAGCCCAUCGUAGUUGUUCAGGCUUCUAUUUCGUCGGAAUUGGGACGCAUAACGACGCAGAGAUUACAGCAGUUGGCUGCAAUCAUUAAUACCUCUUCCGAAAGAAAUCUCGGCCUUGAUUAUUCUGUUUUUGGAGAAGUCAAGGGCAUCAGUUUGCCUUCUUAUCCAAAGGGAACCUCCAUGGCUAUGCCACCGAGUUUUUCUCCAGCUCCUGCCCCAGCACCUGGUGAUCAUGUAGAACUACUGAGUGCCCCACAGCCAUCGAGAUCUGCACGACCACCUGCAAAUCGUUCCCCGCCUCAAGCAAAUUGUGAAACCUCGUCUCCAGCCCUUUCUAUGGUUCCUGCACCUUCCCCUCAUGAACAUUCAAUGCCUCCAAUCUUCUAUCCGAAGUCUACAAGACUGAUCGUCGUUCCUCCAGCUGAUCAACCCCGGGUAUCAUCACCACGUGCAUCUCUGCUGCUGUUUCGCUACAAACCAGGGAAAACAAAGGAAGAUUCGCAUAGAGUUAGGCAGCCCACACAUUCCUCACAUCCAGAUCAUGAUUGAAAAUCAAUCAGCAUACAGUCGUCUGAAGGAUACGAAGAACACAAGAGGAUCGAGGUCCGAUCGGAAUCUCAUUUUUGGUUGUACCGAGUAAUAACAAACAGGUCUUUUCUUCACCCCAGACAAAUUCAGUAUAGAGUCUGGAGAUAUUUCCCCUGUUUUAACUCUGCAUAGGAAAUAGGGAUGUUGUUCUUCCAAAGGGAAGCAACUCCUGCUGGCUCUAUAUGUUUUAGUAAUAUAUUAUGAAAUGAGUUUGAAUGCUAAGCUAAGCUGUACAGUCCUGAAAUAAGAAACUGGAUAAGAAAGCAAAAUGCCUACUUACAUA